AUGUCGCCGACGCACAGUAUAUGUUUCGCGAACAAUAAAGGCGGCGCGGGAAAAACGUUCAUGGCGUACCAACUGGCGUGCGAAGCGGCGCGCGCGAAACCAGAUUCCAAAAUUUUGGUCGUUGAUUUCUCAAUAUAUUCGGAUAUUUCAGCGUUGUUAAUGGGAGGGUCCUCGCGAGACGGCUUCGGGAGACCGAUGAAAGGACUACAAGUGGCCGUGGAUGCGGUGGAUCCGGACAAACGAGCGGACGCGUUGGUUCGAGAUUUAGAGUUGGCCGCGUUGAGGAAAAAGUUGAGGAGAGAAGACGAGGAGGCGUCCUCGUACGGUAGCGUGGCCGCCCCGGCGCAACAACAUCGAUCGAUUUUUGGGGCGUAUUUCACGCCAUCGCCGGGGAGGAUCGAGCAAAUGAAGAAGAAACAGGAAGAGGAAGAAAUUGUGGAUUUGACGAAAUACGCGGCGCAACCGGGGAAGUAUAACGAGAACGUUCCGAAGAACUUGUAUUUAAUCGCCGGGUGCGGGCAGGAGAGUUGGAGUUUGGAACACACGCAGGAUAUCGUCAUGGACGACGGUUCAGGGCAGCAAGACAUUCCUCUGUGGGCGAGAACUGGCGACGAGUGGUUUCCUGCCGCAAAGGAGAUGGAAAAAGCGAUUUUAUCGUUGCCGAAGGAGUUUGAUACGGUGUUUGUGGAUACCGACCACCUUUCGGCGUGCGUUUUGACAAAGUUGGCUUUGGCUUCGGUGAAAUCAGUUGUCGUCCCGUUGUCGUUCGACGACGUCGAUUUUAAUCGAUUGUUUCAAGACGUCACCAAGAACGCCUUGUUCCAAGACGUGAUGAUUGAUAUGGACAUCAAGAACCAGUUGAAGGCGAGAGUGAAGAAAAUGGUGUUCACUCGCGUGGACAAAACGGCGAACAAGCCGACGUCGACGCCGCGAGGCAUUCACUCGCCGUUUACGCCCACGAAAACGACGCAGGCGCAAAUGGACGACAUGGCGCAACAAAUGUGGGCGGCGUGUGAACACAGCGAGUACAUCAAGAGUCUCUUUUCCGGCAUCGAGGAUUUAAAACCAGAAGGAGGGAGCUUAACGCAGACGUUCGUGAGAAAGUACUUUUCGACGUUCAAGUUAGUGCCGGAUUUGGCCGCGAACAUUUCGAAAAUGAACGGGGUGCCUUUGUGCGUGAUGACUGGGGACACGUAUACCGCCGCGAGUGGUUUGAGUGGGAAAUCGGACGCCGGGAGUUUGACCGCUUUGAAAGUGGAGUUACAGUACGAGUGCCAAAGCAUUUUGGACGACACUUUCAACGCGCCAGUCACGGCUUCGUAA